UGCUGCCAGUUCUCUGGUGUGGUUCGGCGUUCCGCUGCGUCGCUUCCUAACAUUGAACCUCGCCGAAGCGAGGCGAAAACCUGAACCUUUGUUGGAAAUCGAUUCCAAGCGUAAUUUUAGGCGUUGGUUUAGGUUAGGGGGCUGCCACUUGCUGCGCAAGUCACACACUCAAAUUUUCGGGAGCCCAUUCUGCGGUUCAUUACCCGUACACCCGCAACCAUUGCGACUUCCGAGGUCGCCGAGCAGUCGCAGCCCGAGGAUGGAUCGUCGCGCGGCAUCAAGUUCAAAUUCUCCGAGGGGGAGAAGGUCUUGUGCUACGAGCCCGAUUCUUCUAAAGCCAAAGUCCUCUACGACUCUAAGGUAUUGGAGCUUGUGGUUGGCAAGGACGCUCGAGGGCGCAAGAUGCCUGAAUACCUAAUCCAUUUUAGUGGCUGGAGCAGCAGCUGGGACCGCUGUGUUGCUGAAGAGUUUAUAUUGCCCAACACCUUGGAAAAUAGGAAGCUCAAGAAAAAACUAGCGGAGGAAGCAGCACAGAAACUGCUGCAGACAGGUAAAUCGAAGAAACGUAAGGUUCCUGCCAUACUGAAGGAAACUCUCGACAGGAAACUACGGGGUAGGAACAGAAAGGAACGCAGCGGAAGUGUCUCGAGUAGCGGGGAAGAGUCGUCGGCGCAGUCCGACUCCUCAGAGCAGCAAGGUGAUGAAUCUGAAGAGGAAAAGGAUAGUGAGGAGGAACCAGAGGAAAUCGCUACUGAUUACAACAUCGAGAUUCCCAAGGUAUUGCGGAAGACAUUGGAGGACGAUUGCUACAACAUCACUGUCAAAAAAAAGCUUGUUCAUCUGCCAUGCACUCCUGACGUGGUUGACAUGUUGGAGGCCUAUCUGAAACACUACGCUGCCAAGCUAGCAGUGACAGCGGCCAAGAAUGCCAAAAACAACACUUCGCGUCAGACGCCCCUUGAUCCAUCGGAAUAUGAAUCUAGGUUUUCUUUGUGUAAGGAAGCGAUGGAUGGACUGCGAACAAUAUUUUCUUACACUUUGGCCAACUCAUUGCUCUACAAUGAGGAAAAGGCCCAGCACAAGUUGGUAACCUCCUUCUGCCGCCCCAUCCGCGUCUCUCGAUCGACGACAAGCCGCCAAUCGAAUGAGAAAGCGACGAGUGACUCCAGCCUUCUAAACAUGGCGCCAGACGUUGCGUCAACUGUCAAAUGUCGUUCUCGUAAAAGCCUGCACGGCACCCCUGAUUCCAAGGGCACCUCUUCUUCUCCAAGGCGGAAGCGUUCUGCGAGUCCACCAGAAAAACGCACCUUGCGCUCUGUGGAACCACAUUCAGCGUUGAACUCCCCUGCCAAGUCUACGCACGACGAUAGUGACAAUGAGAACCUGCCCUUGGCUGUUAUGAUAAUGGGCAAAUCACCAAGGCGGCGCACUGCAAGUGUGUGUUCUGUGUCAUCAUCUGUGUCGGCAGCCACGUCGGAAGCUGCACCAAGUACAGUUGCCAACAAGUUUGACUGCACGAUACUCCCGAGCGAAUGUUUAGAAGAAAACCCAGCAUCUCCAGCUCUGCUGUAUGGUGCACAACACCUCCUCCGGCUCUUUGUUAAGCUUCCAGAGUUGCUGCAGAAAAUGGCGAUCACAAAGACAAAAGCUGGCUACCUUGAAAACUUUGUGAAUGGCUUCUUGCACUACCUUGCAGGUCGACAAGAAGAGCUUUUUCCAUCGUCUGCUUAUCGAGAUGCCGAAGAAGUUAUGGCCGAACUUGAAAAGUACAAAACUAGCGAUGAUUAACACACGUCAUGCAUUGUACAUGUAUACGAAUAAGUUCACUCAGGUUGGGAAGUUUUUGUAAGUAGGACUUAAUUUUGCGUUCGUGUUGUUGUGAAUAAAAUGUUUCUGUUUGA